AUGAGUGAUGCAUAUCCAGUUAAAAAACAACAAGAAAUACAGAGUACUUCAUUGUAAUAAGAUAUUCGAACGAAUAAUUGGACGCCUACUACAUUAAUUUAAUAAUAGACUUAGUCAUAGCCAGAAUGUUAGCCAUUAUAGUAGGAAGAGUCAAGUCAACCUUCUAUGUUGACUAUUCAUAAAGAGGAUGAUGUUAGAUUUUAUCCUUACUAUCUUGGAGAGAAGAGUUGGAUGAUAACAAAGUUUUUAUUUAUACAUCUGACAGUAUACUCAUUAUUGUUAAAGAAACGCGUAUUAGACAAAGGAAAUAAGAUUACAGAAAAGCACUUGCCUAAAUUAUCACCUUAGGAAGACUUAAGUGAAACGGUUCAAGAUUCAUAAAAAAAAAUCAAUUAAAAAUAUAAAAUAACACGUGGUGACUUAGUUAAAAUUAUUUUUUUUGGUGAAUUAAGGUUGAUAAGUUUGGGAUGUUUUUUUGCAAAUGUGUUAGAAGCUGUUGUAAGAAAUGGAAUUUCAAUGGUCAUGAGUAGGGUAAUUACCAGUGCUGCAAAUGAUGAAAGAGAUAAUGCGUAUGGAUUCGCUGUAUUAUUGGUGUUUCUGAAUCUCGUUGGAGUUUUUGCAAGGCACCAUAGUUAUAAUUUGUCAAUGAUUUUCUCAUCAAAAGCUAGGUUGACACUUAUAAAUUUAGUCUACCAUAAAUUAACUGAAUUGAGUGCAUAUUCCAUGAAAGAGGCAAAUAUAGGCAAAAUUUUAAAUUUGAUCUCUGGUGAUAUCAAUUAUCUUGAAUAUGUGUUUAUUAUGGUAUUCUAGAGCAGCGUAUGCUUCAUAUCAAUGAUUUUUGGAUGCUACAUUCUCUGGGAUAGAUUUAAUGGACCUAUUGGAAUAAUUGCACUUGCUAUUAUAUUUGUUGCCUAUCCCAUUUAAAUACUGUUAUAAACCUUUAAUUCUGAGACACUUAAAACUUCUAAGCAAUAUUAAGAUCGAAGAUUAAAACUCACAAAUGAACUUAUUGAAGGAAUCAGACUUAUUAAAAUGUAUGCAUGGGAACAAGCCUUCAAUAAAAUGAUAUCGAUAAUGAGACAAUAGGAAUAUAUUUGUUUAUUAAAAAUUAGUUUUAGAUCAGCUGUUGAUAGAUUAUUUAGUUUAAUUUCUUAAGUUUGGUCAAGUUUUAUUUUCUUUGUUAUUUUGUAUUAUGGAGGUUUCAGAAAAACUAUGAGUGUGGCUGAAAUGAUUUCAACAAUUCAAUUGCUUACGUUCUUUAAAAUAAGCUGCGUUUAUAUGGUUUCUUAUGGAAUUUAAUCAAUAAUUCAAAUAAAAGUGUCAUUUCAAAGAAUAGUAACUAUUUUAAAUAUUGAAAAUUCAGAAAUGACAAAUUUGGAUAGAAUUCAAUUGAAAUCAGAUAAUAAUAAAUAAAUCUAGGAUUACAUCGGUCCGAGAAUUCAACUUUAAAAUUUCUCUUCAUUCUGGUCAAGUAAAGUCACAAAUAAUACAAAACCAGUUCUUAAAAAUUUGACCUUGGAUAUCGAAGCAGGAGAGAUUUGGGCUUUUAUUGGAAAGGUUGGCUGUGGAAAAUCAACUCUCCUUAGUGCUUUCCUUUAUGAAAUUCCUGCGUAUAAAGGAUCGUUCAAAAUUGAUGGUUAAGAGGCAAAUAAGGGUGCGUUAAGUAUAGCUUAUGUUGAAUAAGAACCAUUUAUCUUUCCAGACACAAUUAAAAGAAACAUCCUGUUUGGUAGACCAUUUGAUAAGGCUUUGUAUCAAAAAGUUUGUUGGAAUCUGAUUUAUCUUUGAUGAAAUUUUAAGAUCUUACUGAAAUUGGAGAAAGAGGCACGACUCUCUCUGGCGGCUAAAAAGCUCGUUUAUCUUUGGCUAGAGCUUUAUACUAAUAGGCAGACUUGUAUUUAUUCGAUGAUCCUUUAUCUGCUGUAGAUGCAAAUGUAGCUAAAAAUAUAUUCCACAUGGCUAUCAAGGAAUUCAUUUUUGAAUAUCAGAUAUAAAGAAACCCUAAUAAGAAAAAACCAAUAGUUAUUUUGGUCACUCACUAAGUAUAAUAUGCAGUCGAAUGUGAUAAAAUUGGGAUAUUAAAUGAUGGAGAAUUAAUCGCCUAAGGAACUUAUGAAGAUAUUAAAUCAAAUUUAUACAUGAUUAACGAAGAAUUAGUUUAAUAAUUAAACAAAACAAAAGAGUCAGUAAAAUAAGACUUUAUUAGACCACAAUUCUAAAAGAGAACAAAAAUAAUUAAUUCUGAAUCUAAUCAUCUUAUAAGUAAAGAAGCUGAUUAAUAAUCAUUAAUUACUUUUAAAACAUAUGCUAGAUACUAUAAAUUUUGGAAUUUGAUAGUAAUUUUCUGUAUUUUAAGUUUAGAAGUUGGUUCAGAAGUGCUUAUUAAUUUCUAUUAGAGAAUUAUUUCUCUUUUCGAAGAGUAUUAAAAAGAUAAUGAUAUAGACAAUGCAUUUUAUCUUCUAGGAAUACUAACUUUAGGGCUUCUUCUUACUAAUUUAGUGAAAUAUGCAUUAAACACAUAUUCUGUUUAAACGUCUACUUAACAAAUGCAUCAGUAAAUGCUGAAAUUUUUAACCUUGGCACCAGUUUCAUAUUUCGAUGUGAAUCCUUCUGGAAGAAUUAUAAAUAGAUUUUCAAAUGAUUUAUCUUUGUGUGAUAAUUAAACAAACUCUGUUAGUUUAGAUGUUUUGGAAAUUAUGGGUGGAUUUUUGUUUGCUUUAAUUACUUUAGCUAUUUUAUAACCAUACUUUUUGAUUAUGAUUGUUUUUAUUAUCCUUAUCGAUCUUUAUUAGUUUAGCUAUGCAAAGAAGAUUAUCAGUUAACUUAAAGAAGUUGAACUGAUGUAAAGAAGUCCUUUAUUUGAUUUCCUUAAGAAAAUUUUAGGAGGUGUCAUAUAAGUUAGAGUUUAUGGAUAGUAGGCAUGGUUUAGACAAUAGUUUUUAGAGAUUUCAAACAAAUGUAAUCUUUAUUCUUUAACAUAUUAUUAUUCUUCAAGAUCUCUUGGAUUUAAUCUGGAUAUAGUAGGAUUUAUAGCUUAAACAGUUGGUAUAUUUAUUUUUGUUAAAUUGAAUUAUGAUAAUGUUGCAAUUUUGUCUCAAGGGUUAUUACUCUUAAUUACCUAUAAUGCUUCUUUAUAAUGGGGAUUAAGGCAAUUAAUUACUUUUGAAACCUAAAUGAACUCUUAUAACAGAAUGUUUUAGAUCAUCGAUAUAGAACCAGAGGCUCCUCAUGUAGUGGAAGAAGAUUCAAAAUAUCCAGAUUUUCCAAAAGAUGGGCGAGUUAAAUUUGAAAAUGUUUAUAUGAGAUAUAGAGAAAAUUGCGAAUUAGUGUUGAAAGGAUUAUCAUUUGAAAUUUAAAGUGGUGAAAAGAUAGGUUGUGUUGGAAGAACAGGAGCAGGAAAGUCUUCAAUUUUGUAAGCAAUCUUUAGAAUGUCAGAAAUUGAAAAGGAUAAAGAAUCACAUUUAUUAAUUUCAGGCUUAGAUGUUAGAAAAUUAGGAUUGCAUAAAUUACGAAGCAGCAUUGGAAUCAUUCCUUAAUCACCUUUCUUAUUUACAGGAACUAUUAGAAGAAAUUUGGAUCCUUUUGAUAAUUUUACUGAUGAAUAAUUAUGGAAGGCUUUAGAAUAAACAGACCUAAUAAACUACGUAAAAGCAUUUUAAAAUGGUCUCUAAACUGAUAUGAGUGAUGUUAAUUCAGUUUUUUCUGUUGGCUAAAAAUAAUUAAUUUGCUUGGCCAGAAUUGUUCUUUUAUAAAAGAAAAUAAUCGUUUUGGAUGAGGCAACCGCAAAUGUUGAUAUGAAAACUGAUGAUUUUAUUUAAGAAACCUUAAAAAAGAAAUUUUCAGAUUGCACUUUAAUUACCAUUGCACAUCGAUUAAACACAAUUGCUGAUUAUGAUAAAGUAAUGGUUGUAAAUGAAGGAUAAGUGAUUGAAUUUGACACUCCUUUUAAUCUAUUAGCUAAUUCAAUUAAUUCAACCUUUGUAGAUAAAAGUACAGAAUUUUCUAGAUUAGUUAAAAAUACUGGUGAUUAGAAUGCUUAAGCAAUUUUUGAUAUUGCUUAUUCAAAAUAUGUAAAAUAGUGA